UCUCAUUCUCUCUCUAAAUUGCCCUCUAAUAAAAAUAUAAAAUGAUCGCUCCUUCUAAAUUCUCUCUCUAAAAUCAACGAGCUAAGUCUCAAAUUUUAAUCUCUAUCUAAAUAAAUUCUUACAAUUGUCGUUCACACACGCACUCUCUCUCUAAAAUGAUCUCUGGUUAGAACCUCUCUAUAAGGGACGAAAAGAGCCUUCCUUCUCAUUGAUCUCAAAGCGGUGCUUUCAUGGCUUCCAAGUUUCAGAAGUGACCACCACUGAGCUUAUGUGAGUGGUUUGAUGCCCUAUAAUACUGGACUACUGUCUUUAUUACUCUGAGAUAUCGAAACAGUUGUUUCAUAGAUUUUAUGCCCUAGAAAUCAUUGUAUUCCAUAAGGAUCAGAACUCCUCGAAUUUUUAGUGCUCGGUACCUUCCCGAUUCGGGAAAAUUUAUCUCCAGUUUUGUUGGUCCAAAUCGCAAGAAAUAGCCAUUUGAAGGAUCGAUGUAUACUGAAACUUGAUCGAUCAUCUGAUUUGAUAACGUUUUCUCAAUCUGAGCCCUAAUUUUGAAGGAGUUUUCUGUAUAAUAACGAUCAUUAAUCUCAAGAUUCUCAACUAUGGCAUUGGAAGCCUGAAACCCAUUGAUAGCUGGAUCUUCUCAUAUCCUUCUUCUCCACUUAAAUUCAGAAGAAAAAGGUUUUAUUGAUCACGAAAAUGGGAUCAAGCACUGGAAAGAGAGAGUACCAGUUUCUAAAGGAGCUGGGUCUGGGCUCUCGCAAUUUUGGUUGUUUUGCUAAUGGUGUGUGGAAAGGGAAUGGACCCACUGUCACUUCUUUAAAUCCUGCAAAUAAUCAGGCCAUAGCUGAGGUAGUGGAAGCUUCCACCCAGGAUUACGAGGAUGGCAUGACUGCUUGUGUUGAAGCUGCAAAAAUUUGGAUGCAAAUUCCUGCACCGAAGAGGGGUGAGGUUGUUAGGCAGAUAGGUGAAGCCCUGCGCUGUAAAUUGCAGCAGCUUGGGCGGCUUGUAUCACUUGAGAUGGGAAAGAUACUUCCUGAAGGGAUUGGGGAGGUUCAGGAAAUUAUUGACAUGUGUGAUUAUGCUGUUGGAUUAAGUCGACAGUUGAAUGGAUCAGUAAUACCCUCAGAACGUCCAAACCAUAUGAUGCUGGAGGUUUGGAAUCCCCUAGGAAUUGUUGGUGUCAUUACAGCUUUCAACUUUCCAUGUGCUGUUCUCGGAUGGAAUGCAUGCAUUGCUCUAGUCUGCGGCAAUUGUGUUGUUUGGAAGGGUGCUCCAACAACUCCAUUGAUCACAAUAGCGAUGACUAAAAUUGUUGCAGAUGUCCUGGAGAAGAACAAUUUACCUGGUGGUAUUUUCACUUCCUUCUGUGGUGGUGCUGAAAUUGGCCAGCAAAUUUCUCAAGAUACACGUAUACCUCUUGUAUCAUUCACUGGAAGCUCUAAGGUGGGACAACAAGUACGAAGGUUAGUCAGUGAAAGGUUUGGAAAAUGCUUGCUCGAGCUAAGUGGAAAUAAUGCAAUUAUAGUCAUGGAUGAUGCGGAUAUCCAGCUUGCUGUUCGUUCUGUACUGUUUGCUGCUGUUGGAACUGCAGGUCAACGCUGCACCACAUGUCGUAGACUGCUUCUUCAUGAGAGCAUAUAUCAAAAUUUUGUUGAUCAAUUAGUUGAUGUCUACAAGCAAGUCAAAAUUGGGGAUCCCCUAGAGAAGGGUACUUUGUUAGGACCACUUCAUACUCAAGCUUCAAAGGCAAAUUUUCAGAGAGGCAUAGAAGUUAUAACAUCCCAGGGGGGGAAGAUUCUCAGUGGAGGAUCUCAUAUAGAAACUGAAGGAAACUUUGUGCAGCCAACCAUCAUUGAGAUAUCUCCAGAUGCACCAGUAGUUAAAGAGGAAUUGUUUGGUCCUGUUCUUUACAUCCUGAAGUUUAAGACUCUGAAAGAAGCUAUAGAAAUAAACAAUUCUGUUCCACAAGGUUUGAGUAGCUCAAUCUUCACAAGGAGGCCAGAGGUUAUCUUCAGAUGGAUUGGACCUCAUGGCAGUGACUGUGGCAUAGUAAAUGUAAAUAUUCCCACAAAUGGCGCAGAGAUUGGAGGUGCCUUUGGAGGUGAGAAAGCAACUGGAGGUGGCCGUGAAGCGGGAAGCGAUUCAUGGAAGCAAUACAUGCGCCGUUCAACAUGUACCAUCAAUUAUGGAAAUGAACUUCCUCUGGCCCAGGGUAUAAACUUUGGCUAGCAGGUCAUUCCAUUCUGCUCUGCUGCUUCCACAAGAGUAAAGAUAGGGCCCAACAAGAAGUGAUCUCUCUGCAUCGCUUAGUGGUCAGUAUGGCAUCAUCAAACAUCGGUGUUUCCUUGUUACAGGCCUUGACUGUCUCAAUGUCGGUCUGUCUAACCUUUUUCUACUUUGAAUAAUCAAUAAGAAUGUAUCGUAAGUAUUUCUUAUCAGAAGAGGGAGGCCUUGACUGUCUAAAUGUCGGUCUUUCUAACCUUUUUCUACUUUGAAUAAUCAAUAGGAAUGUAUCUUAAGUAUUUCUUAUCCAAAGAGGGAAGAGACCCAAUAAUCCUAGACAAAAAAAUGACUGCCAUGCCUUGGUUACAUGUCUUAUUACCACAGGAAAUUAACUUUUUGCAUCCCCCAUAUUCACAUAAUUGUAUACCCAUUAAAUCCAUUGUUCCUAAAUGUAUAGAAGGAUGGGGAACUGAUACUAGGAACUGCAAUGCAUCUCAAAUUUAUGGAAAUAUGUUACCGA